CCUACUGUAAGGUUACUGUAGCCUAUGAUGUUGCAUGCCGCGUUGGCGUAGGCUAUCGGAAGUCAACAUUCUGGUUGUCAUCUGUCAGGGCCAGGGAUAGGCUUCUUACAACCGAAACAUAGGCUCUACCUGCGAAAUGUGUGGCUUUUCUAAGGAGUCCUGGAUGUGACUCCCCUGUAACCUCAACUCUCUCAUGAUUGGCCGAACCAGCAUGAAAUGAGAGUAAAUUGCACGUCACCUAUAGAAUGUGGAGAUUUGCGAUUGCGAUUCGCUAAUUUAAUUAAAGAUAGGCCUAUAGGCUGAACAUUAUUAAGCUAUCACAAAUGAUCACAAAUAAUGUUAUAGACUAAUAUGCAGGCCAAUGUUUAGGCUAGCCUAUGCUUAUCAGUUAAAAGGUUAUGGAACAUUUGUGGAGGCGAAUAAUCGAUAAUUUCAUGUAGUUGAUGUUUUAUGCAUCCAAAAUAUUCACGUCGGUGAUUAUUGAUCAACAUUAUCCACGUUUGAGCUGUCACAUAUAAGAUAGGCUUAUUAUUCAGAGCCAAGUGACGUUGCAGCAGGGAUUCCCGUGCUGUGAGCGCCUCACUCACCUUUGGACUUCUAAUGCGGUCGGCACAUCAAGGACCUGGAAAGUGAAAUGCUUUUCAUAGGUUGUCCAUGGAUGCAGCAUAAAUUCCCGCAGUAUAGCAGGAACUAUUUGACCUUGCUGGAAGAGAUGGGUGAGAAGAUAACAGAGGACAACGUGGGACUUAAUUUCCCUGAUGAGCUGUACAGACUUGCAAGAAAGUCACAGCCUGAGAGGAUCAUCUGGUUCAUAGCCCAGGUGCUGGACGAGGUGUCGCUCCUGCUGGACGAGAAUGUGACCGCCGUGGCCUGGGACCAGAAGAAGCUGAAGGACUUCAUGAGCACCCUGGACACACAACUGGUGGCAACUCAGUCAUGUGUUAGUAAGACUAAAGGGAAUAAGAGACUGCACCUGUAUUUCAAGAAACUGAGAAAUGAAACACUGGGGAAAAUGGAGGACAAGGCCAAGGCCUGGGAGUUGAUCAGGAAGGAGGUUCACCGCCACCUGACGAAGGUCGACCUUCUGGCCAGCACACGCCUCUAAACACCAAACCCUGCCACAGCUACAGCCAAUGGGACUGAGGAUGCACCAGGACUACUGAUGUACUCUGAACUUUCUGCUCUAAAUGAUUCUGAGGUGGUCUAGGUUUAUGUAGUGUUACAAUUAUUCAUU